AUGAAGAAGCUGCCCAAACAGAUCUCGGAUAUCUCGAAACUGGAGCGAAUCAACCUGGCUAAUAAUGUAUUGGGUGCGAUCCCUGGUACGAUUGUGAAACUAGAGAAUCUAAAGGUGCUCAAUGUCCAGAAGAAUAACAUCAAAACCUUGCCAGCCACAAUCCACAAAGCACCAGCAUUACUCACUCUCCUCGCCGCGGAUAAUAAAUUGAAAGCCUUACCAAAAACCAUUCAGAAAUGUCCAGUGAUCGAGUUUAUAGAUGUCUCAAGAAACCAAAUCAAAAGUUUGAAAAAGAACAUCUACGAAAUCCCCGGAAAGUUAGUCGCAAGUGGGAACAAGUUGAUCGAACUGCCAGACGCAUCUGUGAAGGUUCCCACACUGAAAUAUUUGGACGUGUCGGAGAAUGAGAUAUCGUAUAUCCCGGAAACCAUCAACCAAGUUUCAACUCUAACGUACUUGGAUUUGUCGAAGAACGAUCUUUCGGAAUUACCUGGGGAACUUGGGGCCUUGAAAUACCUCUACUACUUGAAUAUUUCCCACAAUAAACUCCCAGCUUUACCAGAUCAGAUCUGCUCAUUACAAUUUUGCUUAGUGGAACUUCAGGCCAGCAAUAACAACCUGAAAGUUCUUCCGGCCGGAUUUAACACCAUGAAGUCUUUGCGGACACUGAAUGUUGCCAACAACGAACUCGAAACGCUCCCCACGUCCUUCUUUGAGCUGAAGCAACUGAAAGAUCUGAAUGUGUCUCAAAAUAGCUUGAAUACCAUCGACGGACUCCAAAACCUCACCAAUCUGGAGACUUUGGAUGUCUCCAUGAACAGCAUCCCAAGUCUUCCAGAAGAUAUCGGAAAACUGAAGGCCCUCAAAGAGCUCAACAUAAUUGGCAAUGCAAGUAAUGACUUGAGUCAAAUCCCCAACGACAUCGUGAAAAUGGCUUCUUUGGAAUCGUUAAAUCUUUCGGACAAUCUUUUGGAAUCCUUACCAGACAACAUUUGUAAAAUGCCAGCAUUAAGGGAACUCGAUGUUUCCGAUAACAAAAUACGUGCGUUACCUUCAAAGAUCGACUCCUUGCGGUCAAGAGCUAAAGUGAACACCGAUUCCCAGUCUUCGUAUAAGACGCGGGAACCAUCAGAUACUCUCGCCCCUGGGCAAACCCAGACUGAUAAUGCCAGUGCCUCGGGUAUAGCGGAUGAGGAUUAG